AUGGCUUCGAUUCCGCGAGCCAACGGGGUCCAAUCCCCCGCUGUGGGUGUUGGACCUUCUUAUCGUCCAGAGGAGGAGAAGCCUACCGCUACUGUCUCAAAAAGCGUCGAGCAGGAGAAUGUCCACGUCUUGCCACAGACCCCUCAGCUAAUUGCUCUUCUGACCAUGAUUCGAGACAAGAACACGCAACGAGCGGAUUUCAUCUUCUACUCUAAUCGAAUCAUUCGUCUCCUCGUCGAAGAAGGUCUCAAUCAUCUCCCUGUCGUUACACACACCGUCACAUCUCCCGUGGGCAAGGACUAUGUCGGGGUGAAAUUUGAAGGGAAAAUUUGCGGUGUUUCCAUUAUGCGAGCGGGAGAGUCAAUGGAGCAGGGUUUAAGAGAAUGCUGCCGUUCGGUGAGGAUAGGCAAGAUCCUGAUCCAGCGCAACGAGGAAACCAGCAAACCAAAGCUGUUCUAUGACAAGCUGCCUCCGGAUGUCCACAACCGCUGGGUACUGCUCCUGGACCCCAUGCUGGCAACCGGAGGCAGUGCAAUCAUGGCCGUCGAGGUUUUGAAGAGCAAAGGCGUCCCAGAGGACCGCAUCUUGUUCUUGAACCUGAUUGCCAGUCCCGAAGGUAUCGAGAACUUUGCCAAAGAGGUGCCCAAGGUGAGAGUCAUCACGGCCUUCGUGGACCAAGGCCUCAACGAGCACAACUAUAUCGUCCCUGGCCUGGGUGAUUUUGGCGACCGCUUCUACACGCUAUGA